AUGAUUAUAAAAGCAUAUGAUACAUUGAACAAUGCUAUGAAAUGGCAGUUGCUGUCUAUGUUUAUCGAGCUUUUUAUAAUUGCUAUGUCGGAUCUGUAUUUCAUCACCAUGGAGUUGUUAACAAAAAAGUUCGAUAUUGACGGCACACUAAUGGUAGCUAGCAUUUUGACGGUUCAACUUUGUCCAAUGCUAUCCGUGUGUAUGAAUGGAGAUAGAUUACACAAAGAGGUGCUAUGGCUCCGGGAGAUGCUUGCUUGUAGACUCUACGAAGGAAGAUUAGAAAAAAGAGACCGGCGACCCGCGCAGGCCCUACUCACACUAACAGAAGCUCGCAAUCUGUCAUUUUCACUUUUCCACAUGUUCAACGUGGACAUAUCACUUCCAUUCAAAAUGUUUAGCUUGCUUAUAACCUAUCUCAUUAUACUGCUACAGUUCGAAAAAGUUAAAAAUAACUCACUUAUAAAGCCAACACUACUUGAUUAA